AUGAAUCGGUCCUUUCUUGGGAAAAGGACUUAUCAAGCAAUUUCUUCUUCGUCGCCUGAUCUUACUGCCAGAAGAUCAGCAUCCUCUCCUGCUAAAUUCACCUCUGUUCAUGAAGGUGAUCGAUACUGGUUGGGAAGACUGGAUCAUAAAGAUUGGCUUGCACCUAACGAGGUCCUGAAGAUCUUCAGGGGGCUCACGAACCCUGAUUUGCUGGUUGAUGCCUUCAGAAAGAUCUCAAGCAGAAAAGACUACAAACCCAGUGAAGCUCUCUAUAGUCUACUCAUCAGUAGACUUUCUCAUGCUAGAAAAUUUGGCAUCAUCGAGGAUCUGCUGCCGAUGAUAAAAUCCGAGAGAUGCAGGGUCUCUGAAGAAUUCUUCUUCCAGUUGAUCAAAAUCUAUGGAAAUGUAGCCAAUCAUCCCGAGCAGGCCAUUAAAACCCUGAUGAUGAUGCCCGAUUUCCACUGUUGGCCGACGGUCAGGACCUUCAACUAUGUCCUCAACAUGCUGGUCAACGCCAAACAGUUUGACGUCAUCCACGAGGUUUAUCUGAACGCCCCCAAACUGGGUGUCGAGCUCGACACUUGCUGCUUUAACAUCCUCAUCAAGGGUCUGUGCAGCUGUGGAAAUCUGGCCGCCGCAUUCUCCCUGUUCGAAGAAAUGCCCAACCAGGGCUGCAAGCCCAACGCUAGGACAUACUCAACGCUGAUGCAUUCUCUCUGUAGGAACGAAAGAGUCUCGGAUGCCUUUGACUUGUACAGGAGGAUGGAAGCUGAUGGGUGCUACCCUGACACAGUGACAUUCAACAUCCUGAUCUCCGGUCUCUGCAGGGAAGGGAAAGUGAUCCAAGGGAUGGAGUUCUUGAAGAAAAUGAAACUGAAAGGAUGCUACCCGAAUUCAGGAACAUACCAGGCUCUCCUCUAUGGGUUUAUCGACGCAGGGCGGUUCGUGGAAGGCAAGGAGUUCAUGGGCCUGAUGCUCGCCGACGGCUACUGCCCGAGUUAUUUGUCUUACAAGACGCUCAUCGAGGGCCUCUGCAGAGGGAGCUUCAUUGCAGAAGCCGAGGAGGUUCUGAAGCAGAUGGUCCGCCAUGGUUUCGUUCCUCGGAUGGGCACCUGGAGGGAGAUUCUUCAAUGCCUGCUUUUGAGGACCGAAGCUCCUGAUUCCUUCGAUGUUCUGAUCAGAGAUCUCGAUCGAUGA